CCUCGGCCUUCCUCUGGCUGGACGACGACGCUGUAUUGAACCACUGGGCUAUUGCUGAUUCCCCUCCGGAUAAGGUAGCCUCGGCCUUCCUCUGGCUGGACGACGACGCUGUAUUGAACCACUGGGCUAUUGCUGAUUCCCGUCCGGAUAAGGUAGCCUCGGCCUUCCUCUGGCUGGACGACGACGCUGUAUUGAACCACUGGGCUAUUGCUGAUUCCCCUCCGGAUAAGGUAGCCUCGGCCUUCCUUUGGCUGGACGACGACGCUGUAUUGAACCACUGGGCUAUUGCUGAUUCCCCUCCGGAUAAGGUAGGUACUCUGAUACUAGUCACGCUAAGGAGCGGCUAUGCUGUGAUACCAAACUCCCCUUCUUAG